AUUACUUUAUAAAACAAUUAAAAAUUAAAAAUUAAAAAAUGUCUACUCUUCCAGAAAAUGUUGUAAAAGAUAUUGAAGCCAUGAUGUCUAAGUUUGAUAAAAACAAUGAUGGAGAAAUUACAUGGGAUGAAGUUGUUGAACGUUUAAAGGAAAAUAAAAACUGUAAAGAUCCAUACUUUGCUGCAUUUUCAAUGUUUUCAGCUUUGGAUAAAAACCAAGAUAGAAAAAUUUCCUUAGCUGAAGUCCAAAAUCACAAAUUAGAAAUCUAUGCCAAAAAGUGUGAAAGUGUUAUUAAAAGAGAUGUUAAAAACAUGUUAAAAGAAUAUGAUGGAAACAAAGAUGGUAAAAUCACUUGGGAUGAGGUUUGUGAUUUUUUCAGAAAAGACCCAGAAGUCGGUGAAAAAAACUGUGAACUCAAUACCAAAUAUCUCUUCCAGUCAAUGGAUAAAAACAAUGACAAAGUCAUCACUAGAGAUGAACUUAGAGCUUUCUCUAUGAGAUUCAACAAUCUUCACCCAUCCCAAUAAACCAAAGAUUGUUAUUCAUUGGUUGCUUAAUCAUUAAUGAUUUAAAAAAAUAAUUAAAUAAAAAAUACAAUUGCCAAUUUAAAAUUAAAA